AUGUCAGAUCUAAAAAUAAAUGAACCCCUGGACUUCAAAUUAUUGAAGGAUCACUCCACUACGGAAACCGAUAUGACUGAUAAUAUCUCAAGUAACAACCACCUGAUUGCUUUGGAAGUAAAUAAAGGCAAUAUCAUGCACCACAAAUAUAAUUAUAAGUCUGGUGAUACUGAUGAUAUGGAUUUCCUUCAAUUUCUACAACGUUGA